AGGCUCAAAGUACGAACUGGGCGGCAAGGGGAAUUCGCUUGCCUUUUUGAAGAACCAGGGAAGCAAAAAUGGCCGUGCCAUUGCUUUCAAAGAAGAUCGUGAAGAAGCGGGUCAAGAAGUUCAAGAGGCCGCAGAGCGACCGCAAGAUCUCUGUGAAGGAAAACUGGCGCAGGCCAAAGGGUAUUGAUUCCCGUGUCAGGAGGAAGUUCAAGGGAUGCACUUUAAUGCCAAAUAUUGGCUAUGGAUCAGACAAGAAGACUAGACACUAUCUCCCAAAUGGUUUCAAGAAAUUUGUUGUGAACAAUGUCAAAGAGCUAGAACUUCUCAUGAUGCAUAAUAGGACAUACUGUGCUGAGAUUGCUCACAAUGUUUCCACAAGGAAGAGAAAGGAGAUAGUUGAGAGAGCUGCCCAGCUUGAUGUUGUUGUUACCAACAAAACAGCCAGACUACGCAGUCAGGAGGAUGAAUAAUCUGGAUGACUCUGAAAGUCACUUGUGAUUUGUAGCAAGUUUUUUGGUUGACAUAAAUGUCGUGGUGAUAGAUUUUUGUCAUAAUUUUAUUUUUGCUGAAAUUCGUAGCAUGUUUUACAUUAAGAUAUUUGGCUUGUUUAAUGGCCGUUUUACUAGUUUUAGUCUA